AUGUCUACCUCUCUACUUGCCGACCGUAUCGUCGCCAUCACUGGCGCAUCAAGAGGGAUAGGUCGUGGAUGCGCUGUUGAAUGUGCAAGGCAUGGUGCAAAAGGUCUUGUGUUGCACUACUUCGGGGACGCUGCCACUCAAGCUGAGGUCGAUGCGCUGGCCACUGAGCUGUCCACGAGUUAUGGUACAAAAGUCAUCACCGUGCCAGGGGACAUCGGACUGCAUGAAACGUCUUUGAAGAUUGUCGGCGAAGCAACCCAAGCCUUUGGUCGGAUUGAUGUGUUGGUGAGCAACGCAGGGAUAUGCCCUUUCGCCGACUUCCUCGACAUGGACGUAGAGGUCUGGCAUCGCACUCGGGCUGUCAAUCUCGACGGCGCGUUUUACAUAACUCAGGCUGUUGCGCGCCAGAUGAAGGAGCAAGUCCCUCAAGGCGGUUCAAUCAUCGGCAUAUCGUCUAUCUCUGCCCUAGUGGGCGGUGGGCAGCAAGUGCACUAUACGCCGACAAAGGCCGGCAUACUCUCGCUAAUGCAGAGUACAGCUGUCGCUUUGGGGAAAUAUGGGAUCCGAGCCAACGCGAUCUUACCUGGAACAAUCCUUACAGACAUCAACAAGGAGGAUCUGUCGAACGUGGAGAAGCGCGUCGGGAUGGAGAAGAGGACGUGUCUUGGUCGUCUUGGUCAGCCCGACGACAUUGCCGGCCCUGUUGUCUUCUUGGCCAGCGACAUGGCAAAAUACGUUACUGGCGCCUCUCUUCUUGUCGACGGAGGACUAUUUGUGAACCUCCAGUAG